AGCCAGCCCGCCCCAUCGAAGAAGCUUCAGAUCAGAAACUUUGGAACAGCAUCGGCUCCGCGACCGCAGAAGCGCCACCGCCCGCUCCAGCUUCUGACGCCGGAGGACGACAAGCGGACGCGGAUCGAAUUGCCAUUCGAUGGAGGACGACAUGGACUCGCUCUUCGAAGGCAUGGUGCUGUUCACGCCGUCCCAGCUUUCUGACCAGCCCGAAAGGGACGGCGCGGACCAGCGCCGCCUCCCCGAUCCGAUCCAUCGCCCUCCUUCGCCACAGCCGCCGGCGGACGCGGCGCCGGCGGCCGCCGCGUCCGAGCCGCUCGACGAGAACCUCUUCUCCGACCUCACGCUCGUCGGGCCGCUCCCGGACCUCCCCGAGAACGGCCACUCCCCUCCGCGAUUGAGCCCCAGUCCUUCCCUCGAGACGGAGACGAAGACGGCGUCGGAUCAUGCGACGACGGCGCGGGAGAUUGCUCCUUCUGUAACUCGGCAGAUUUCGAGAAAGAAGAAGCGAGCUACUGGUUUGAGGAUCGGGUAUGGAAGGGACGCGGCGGCUGCGACUUCCGUCGAUCGCGCGUCUCCUCUUCCGAUCUCUCUUUCUUCUGAUGCGAAUUCGGUCUCUGUACCUGACGCGAGAUCGGAGUCCAAUAUCGACAGUAGCAGUAGCGGUAGAAUUGACUUCUCCAAGUCAGUAUCUGCUUCUCAAGAACGUGAAUCAUCCGAUGUUACUUCACUCGCAUCACAGCCUAACGAUCGUAGUCUAGAAGUUUCGGAAGAUUUAGAGGAGGCCACGGAGGAUCCUUCACGAGCUCCGGGGACUCGUGACAUUGAUAUAAUUCAGCACGAUGCGAGACUUGUAGAGGAAGAAUCAGCUCUCGCAUCUGAGGAUACUGAGACGACAAAACACGGCGACGAUGGUGAUGAGCAUACGAAGAUGGAUGAUUCAGUUGAGAUCAAAUUUGAGCGAAUUAAAACUCAGAUUGCCGAGAAACUCGACCUGGCUCGGGAAUUGGCAGCUUCCUUAUCUGCUGCGAAGAAGGAUUGCGUGAGGAAGAGAAGAAAGGCUGCUGAGAAUGUGACUUUGGCUUCUACCAAGCACAAGGAACUGGAGAAGAGCAUGGAGGAAGCAUGUGAGGCUGAAGAUUUCGAGAUGGCUGAGAAGGUCAGCGAAAGCCUUGCUGCUGCCGAAAAGGAGAGACAAGCUUUGGUGGAUGCACUUAGAGCUAGUGAAGCUGAAUGCGAUGCUAUUGAUGCGAAGAUGCAGGAGGUUUUGAAUGCACAGAUUGCUGCUGAGGAUGAGUGUGUUUCUCUGUUGGAGAAUUUCUCUAAGGAUGCAACUGCUAGUGCUGACCUGAUAGAGAAGAAGGCAAACUUACUGCGUGCUGAGGAAAUGGACAAAUGGCUUUCAUCAAGUGAAGAUUUGGAGGUGAGGAAGAUGGAACUUGAAAUUGAGUCAUAUCUGAUAAGUGAAGCUCGUAAAGGAGUGAAUGUUUCCAUCGAGCAUUCAAUUGAUGAUGACAGUAGAGAGAAAGAAAAACUUCUUAAGAAGAAGGAUGUGUUGUUGGAUGAAUUGGAGAAGCUGCUUAAUUUAGUGAGAGAGAAGGAGAAGGAAAUUGCUGAGAAUGAUGCUUCCAUUGAAGCAGUAGAGAAGCGCAUUGCCGGUGUGGUCUCUGGAUUUCAGGACAUGCAAUCAGAUAUUGGUGCUAAAUAUGAUAGAAUGAAAUCAAAGCUCUCUCAGGUUUGAUGAAAGUGAAGCUUUAUCUAUAAAAAAGAAAAUAUUGAUGACAUACUCUCUCAGGAAGAUAAUAAAGGAGCAAAGAUUAGGAACUGGAGGAUUGCUGCAGAUGAAGCAAAAGCAUACAAUGAAGCAGCAGGAUUGAGAAAAGGUUUAAUGCUCUGCAUUUUGGAGUACAGAGAAAGUAAACUGGGGCUGAUGAAGACUGAGGAGAAAUUUUCUGAAGAUGUCAUGAGGCUCCAACAAGAAGCUUCCUCUGCAAGAGCUUCUUUACAGGAACUGUCUUCAAAUAAGUCCAGCCUCCAACAGGAGAUAGCUUCAUUUGAGCAGAGGAUACUUUAUGUGGACAAGAGACUUCCAGAACUAGAGACUGAGAAAAAGGUUGCUGCUGCUGCAAGAAAUUUCAAAGAAGCUGCACGAAUAGCUGCUGAAGCGAAGUCGUUGAGCAAUGAGAAGGAAGGAACGCAAAUCAAGCUUGAAAGAGCCACUAUGGAGCUUGGAAAGCUUGAAGAAGAAAUUAAAGAAACUGUUGAUAAAUUGCAGGAGGCUGAGGAGCAGAUCUUAUUAAGGGAGAGGGAUUUGGCAGUGGCUAGAUUCCAGAGGUUACUCAUAACUGCCAGUGCUGUCAAUGCUGAAAGAGCUGCUGCUGUGGAAUUGGGUGACCAUGAAGAAGCAGACACUUUACUUGCUGAGGCCAAAGCUGCUGAAUAUGAAGCCCAAAAGCUCCAAGAGGUAUAUGAUUUGAAGGAGGAAGAUUUUGGCAAUCAACCAAAACAUUUAAUCCCUAUGGAACUUGUUCAUGAUCUCAGCGGAAAACAAUUAGCAGAAUUAGCUGCAUCUGUUCAUCUCACCCCAGCAUCAUGAUGACAAAGUGGAUUUUGAGAUGACUGACCUU